ACUGAACUCUUGAGUUGCGCUGUGCUUGGGCCGGUUUCAGGUUUUUCGCUGCUAUUCAUUAAGCUCGUCUAAUGGCUGGAUGCCACUAGUUAACGUAACUUUUCAAAGGACGCUUUGAUUUUGGACGUUAGCCAAAGCUGGUGAUGGCCCGGCCUAGGAAAUAUAGUCGGCAUAAUUCAAGCCCUUGGGAGAGCGUUUUGUUCUUCAGUCUAUUUGCAGCAGUCUUUUCAUGCACAAAAUGCACGGUUGUUCCAAUUCCCCCGGGCGCAACAGAUAUUUUAGAGGUUGCCGGAUUUAGAAACGAAAAGCAAUUACGAGGAGUACACAAGGCAGACGGCUUUUGUUUAGACAGGCCAGUUAGUGAAACGUCGAGAUAUAAACUGGGCACAUCUGAUACAGCCUUUCGACUAGAGGAAGAGGCGCAAAUUAGCAUACCAACGCUGGAGUUAUUUUACGACGAUUUUCCUGACGAUUUUUCCAUCAUUGCCACGGUGAGAUCGGAGAAGACAUCGGAAACAAGUUUGGUUACGAUCUACGGGAGUGAUGGAAUCGCGCAACUCGGCAUCGAGCUUAGCAACAGAAUGACAAAGUUUAUCUACCAAGAUUACUAUCCCAGAAUGCCUGGCGACGAUAUGACCACUUUUCCAGCUGAUAUUGCGGAUGGCAAUUGGCAUAGGAUAGCUUUCAGUGUUCGUGGUGACAUGAUAACGAUGCUGUCAGAUUGCAAGAAUAACUACACACAAACACUCGGACGUGACCCAUUUUCAAAGAUAGACACAGACGGCAUUGUGGUCAUCGGGAGGAACCUACGAAAACCAACCAUUUUUAACGGAGAUAUACAACAGCUGAUAGUUACACGUAGUCCAUACGAUGCUUAUGACUAUUGUACACUGUAUACACCAGACUGCAACACACCAUUGCCCGAAUAUCCACAGAAUGAAGAGGCCGGAUCAACACCGGACGGAGGAUUCAUAACAGAUUUCCCACCUUAUGUGCCUGGUACUGGCGGACAAGGACAAAAAGGACAGAAAGGUGAACCCGCGGUUCUCGAACCGGGUGUGUUCAUACCAGGACCGCCGGGCCCACAAGGACCACAGGGUCCCGAAGGUCCGAUGGGAUACGAUGGCCCGCCUGGUCCACAGGGAGAAAAAGGUGCAAAAGGUGACGAAGGUCGUGAUGGCUUCAAUGGGGAGAGGGGUUUCCCAGGCGCACCUGGACCUGUUAUACUUAUACCCAGUGCCAUCUCAGAUGGGAGCGAUCACAAAGGACCCAAUAGCGGAGCAAUGGCUGCUUUCACUAAUUUAUUGCAGACGCAAAGGAACGCUCUAAUUGGCCCAUCUGGUCCGAUUGGUUUAACUGGUAAAAUUGGACCCCCGGGUUAUCCAGGAACUCUUGGCCCCAAGGGAGAUGAAGGUGACAUGGGCCCAUCCGGCCCACCGGGAACUCCAGGACCACAGGGGUUACCGGGCAAACAGGGAAGAAGGGGAAGAAGUGGCAAAGAUGGCAUGAGGGGGAGUCCGGGCGCCGUUGGUACAAAGGGGGAUCGUGGUUUCGAUGGAUUGCCAGGAAUGCCAGGACCAAAAGGUCACAUGGGCAAUCCGGGACCACAAGGGCUGAUGGGUCCGGCCGGUAUUACCGGGGAACCAGGUGACGACGGACAAUCCGGUCCGAUGGGCCCGAGUGGUGAGCCAGGUCCCAGGGGUUUACCUGGUCCCAGGGGACCAACAGGACUACAGGGUGUGCCGGGUAUACCUGGUGGUCCUGGUUUGGAGGGUCCAAAGGGUAGCAGCGGACUUCCUGGACAACCAGGUCUGAGGGGAAAUCCUGGGAUUCAAGGUUCAACGGGUCCACCUGGCCCACAAGGACCCAUGGGAUCUCCUGGAGAUCCCGGUCCUGAAGGUAAGCCAGGCAUGCCGGGAUUACCAGGAAUAGAUGGGCCACCGGGUCACUCUGGAAAAGAUGGUCCGUCAGGAGACAAGGGAGACACGGGAGUUGGCGGGCCUCAGGGGCCUCUUGGGUAUGCUGGUCCAAUUGGAAUGAAAGGAGACAGAGGUAUACGUGGUCAGACUGGUAGUAAAGGUCAGAAGGGUGCUGAAGGUUACCAGGGAUUUAAAGGUGACAUGGGUCCGAAGGGGAAUAGGGGGGCCAAUGGUGAAACAGGUCCACGGGGGCCAGAAGGGAAUAACGGUGUUAAGGGUAUCCAAGGAAUACAGGGCGAUGCCGGUGCAAUGGGCCCGCCUGGGGAAAAGGGCAAGAUGGGGAUACCUGGUUUACCAGGAUAUCCAGGUAGAAUGGGACAGAAGGGUUCACUGGGACCGUCAGGUAGAAGAGGGAGAACCGGUCUGAAGGGGUCAAGGGGUCAUCCAGGUACGAACGGUGAACCAGGGUCACAGGGAUCACCGGGGCCGAGGGGACAGCGAGGUGCUAGAGGUCAAAGGGGUACGCGUGGACCCAAGGGUUCUGAAGGCCAAGAAGGACCAGAGGGACAACAAGGAGAAAGGGGAUUUGAAGGAAAACAAGGACCUCAGGGUCCUCCCGGUGUAAUUGGGCCACAGGGUCCGAGUGGCGAGAGAGGUCCCCUUGGUGAACGUGGUGUGCCUGGGUCGCCAGGACCUUCUGGAGAACCUGGGUUACCUGGAGAGGCUGGUAAAGAAGGACUUCCGGGUCCACCAGGACCAGUUGGUCCAGAAGGCAAAAUCGGACCACCAGGAAUUCAGGGAUUUCCAGGAGAUAGGGGAAUGCCGGGAGCUGAGGGACCAAUCGGUUUGAAGGGUGACAUGGGACCGUCUGGUCCACCGGGGCCUCAGGGAUCAUCUGGACCACCUGGCCCACCAGGAGAAGCCGGAUCCAUAGGCCUACCGGGUCAACCUGGCCCAGUUGGUUCACCAGGCCCUGCUGGAGACAAAGGCUCUAUUGGAGACGAUGGUCCACCGGGUCCUGCUGGGAGAGAUGGUCAACCUGGAAUCAGGGGACUUCCUGGUCCACCUGGCCCUGAGGGGCCACCCGGAGAAGAAGGUGAGACUGGUGAACCUGGUCCGCCAGGAAUGAAAGGAUCUAAAGGUGCUCGAGGAUUAUCUGGUCCCGAGGGUCCAGCAGGUGAGAGGGGCCCAGAAGGAAUGCCAGGACCAUCGGGCGAACCUGGGGAGCCGGGUAUUCCCGGACCAGUGGGUCCAGCUGGACAGAAAGGAAGUGAUGGAUCUCGGGGUGCUCCUGGACCUCAAGGACUUCCCGGACAACAGGGCAUGCCAGGGACCCCCGGUUCUAAAGGGGAAAUCGGUGAUGAUGGUCCAAGGGGAGUACAAGGUGCUGCGGGACCUCCAGGAAAACCUGGUGAUCGUGGUGCAGAGGGGGUACCAGGAAUGGUUGGGCCUCGUGGGCCGGAAGGAGAUCGUGGAGACAAGGGUAAUCAAGGUGAACAAGGUCCUAGGGGUUUCCCAGGUGAACGUGGUCCAACGGGUUCAAUAGGUGAAAAGGGUAACCAGGGAGAUGAAGGAGCCCAAGGUCAACCUGGGGCGUAUGGCCCAAGAGGAGAACCUGGAAACGAAGGUCCCAAAGGUCACAGGGGGCCAUCGGGACCACCGGGACCACCAGGCUCAUCAGGAGUACAAGGACCACCCGGUAAAGAUGGUACGAAAGGAGAGCGGGGACAGAGGGGAGAAAUAGGUCAAACGGGUGCACCGGGUCCACAAGGAGAUCUUGGUCCACCUGGUCCGAGGGGAUCACCUGGUCCGCCUGGCACCAAUGGACAGGAGGGAGAGCAGGGUCCAAAGGGUGAGCGUGGCGAUAAAGGAGAACUGGGCCCGCAAGGUAUGCCGGGAGCAACUGGACCAAUGGGACGACCUGGACCAACUGGAGCUGAUGGGCCAAGGGGACCACCUGGACCCGAGGGUGCACAAGGUGGGGAAGGGCCAGCUGGACUUCCAGGCUUAGCUGGGCCUAUGGGAAUGACGGGAGAUAAAGGCGAUAAAGGAGAGCAGGGAGUGAAAGGGAACAAGGGUGACAAAGGCCCAAUAGGACUCACUGGUCCUAAUGGACCACUUGGCGAAAAAGGAAGUCGUGGUGAAGUUGGGCAAGAAGGAGAUAUGGGACCAAAAGGAGAACCUGGUCUCACAGGUCCACCUGGUCCACUUGGUCCUGAUGGUCCCCCAGGUCUUCCGGGUAUUGAAGGCGGCACUGGGGACAAAGGUGACAAAGGUGACGUAGGUCCGAAAGGAGAUCUAGGGUUAACUGGACCUGCCGGACCACCGGGUCCUCCAGCAACAAUAGAAAAUCUACAACAGCUGGUGGAGAUGGGAUUACUGGAUGCUACGAGGCAGAUGAUGAGGGACGAGGCAGAACGACGACGAAGGGCGGCAGGUGACGAAAACGAUCUACCUCCAGAGUACACCGAUGGAUUGGAAGAAAUCUUUGGAUCAUUGGAGGCACUUAAGAUUGAAAUAGAACAAAUGAAAAGACCAAUAGGUACGCGGUUCAACCCUGCGAGGACGUGUAAAGAUCUUUACAUGUGUCACGAAGACUUUCCAGAUGGCAUGUACUGGAUAGAUCCUAAUCAAGGGUGCAGCAAAGACGCUAUUGAGGUAUUUUGUAAUUUCACCGCAGGAGGUGAAACCUGCGUACAGCCUGACGAGAGCACUGGAAAGCUCGUGGCAGGCUCCUUCGAUGAAUCCAUACUAGAUGAUGUGAACGCCUCGGUGACUCCUAGAGGUUAUCGAAAGGCACGCCCUGGAGAUUGGUUCAGUGAGUUUAAACAAGGAGAUCUGAUUAGCUACUCUAAUGUCGGUGUAGUGCAGAUGACAUUCCUACGGCUACUGAGUGCUUCCGCUAAACAGAAUUUCACAUAUACAUGCCACCACUCAGUGGGUUGGUACGACCAAGCAUCUGACAACUAUGACAAAGCUGUCAAGCUGAUGGGUGCUAACGAGGAAGAGUUUGCGUACGAUUCCAAUUACCUUCCUACUGUCAUAAAAGAUGGAUGCAAGAGCGCACCUAAGAGAAGCAGCACCGUAUUUGAGAUAGAAACAACGAAACUGCACCAGCUCCCAAUUAUUGAUUUUAUGCCCGGGGAUUUCGGAAAGCCUGAUCAGCGAUUUGGUUAUGAAGCUGGGCCUAUCUGUUUUAACUAAACCAAAAUAUUCCUUAAAUCUUUCUAACAUAAUAUUUUACACAUACCUAACAUAUUUGUAUAUAUGCUGAUCACGUGUUCAUCCAUCACGUUCUUAUCACGUGCCCAGCAUCGGUGUGUGUAUAUUCUAUUGCAUACAUGUAUGCAGGUUUCCAGUUCUAUUUCUAUUUCCUGCAUUUUUUUGUCGUUGAGUACUUUUCUAACAGUUAGAUAAAGAGAGAGGUUUAAUAUGCAAAUUUCACUUAAUGUGUUUAUAAGAGGAUGAUUUCAAUUGGUGCUACAGUGUCACGUGACCACGAGUUCUCGUUAAGAAUUCGAUGGCCGGCAGUGUUUUUUAUAGUGUUUUUUUUUUUAUUUUAUAACAAUUAGAUACCUCGUAGUAACUAUAGGCAUUUUAUAAAUAAUAUCUGAGUUUCGUUGUAAUACAAUCUGGUGCCAGAGAUAGUCGAUGAGUUACCCGCUGAAAUAUUGUAGUUCCAAUCCAGUUUUUCACUGAAAUAAAGGCAAUUUACGUCUGGUGCCACAUUUUACUUAACUUUAAUGUUUUAAAAAUACUCGCCAUUUUCAUGGUGAUUAAGGUGCUACAUUUUGGAAAAAAUAUCCCAGGGGCAACCCCCUUUUAUAGAAUAGAUUCCGUUAAUAUAUAGUAUUUUCGCAAAUCGCCAACAGGGUCAAACUGAAAUUUAGUGUUGCCAAUGCAGACCUCAAGGCAACAUAGUACCUCAUACCUACACCAGACAGGUUACGUUUUUAUUCAUUUUGGGGUUACAGAUUUUUUGUUUUGCUUCAUUAUUUUUUGGGCCUUUUUGAAAAAAAUAUAUAUAUUGUAUUUCCUGAAAUUAUAUCUUACAACAAUGUUACUGUCAUAUAUAACAAACUGUAUUUUCAUUUAGUGAAGUUCUUGUAUCAGAGUGUUUGUUGGCGUUUUCAUGUAUCAUGGAUUUGCGUGGGCAUUUAUGUGAAGGCCGAAGUACUGGCCACUUUCAAAUAAAAAAAAACGUGUUCAACUGUCACAUGUAGUCAUAGGGUAAACUACAAAUCAGACCACGUGCAGUCGCAACAGACGGACAUUACGUACAACAAUGCAAUGUAAGUGUUGUUCAUCAAUAUCAUUUCAUUGUCGCAUGCUUUAUAGUCGUUAUUUUAUGCAAAGUAGUUCCAUGAUUCCGUAUGUCGACACCACGAGUCGUCUACCCGUUUCAACAGUUGAACACGUUGCUUGUAUUACUUUUAAUUGAUUUGUAUCAACUUUUUGUUGCUUUUGAAGAAUUGUGUACUAGUUCUGCAAAUAAAUUCUCCUUUUUUUUGUCAUGAA